AUGGUUCUGGAGGAGAACGAGGGCGACUCAGUCUUUGAGCCCCAAAUCACUGAGGAGCAUGUAGAGACUCCGUAUGGGAAUGUCCACUGCAUCAUGUCAGGAAUUGUAAAGGCAAACCGCCCAGUCAUCCUGACAUUUCAUGAUGUUGGACUGAACCACAAGUCCUGUUUUGAAUCUCUGUUCAACCAUGAGGACAUGCAGGAAAUCGUCAGACAUUUGCCUAUUUGUCACGUUGAAGCACCAGGACAACACGAGGCAGCCAAAACUCUACCUUCUGCAUACGCCUACCCUUCCAUGGACCAACUCUCUGAAGCUCUGCCUGCUGUCCUCAAACACUUUGGGCUGCGGAGUGUGAUUGGACUGGGAGUUGGAGCAGGUGCCUACAUCCUGGCUAAAUUUGCUCUGAAUCACCCUGACAUGGUGGAUGGAUUGGUUUUGAUCAACAUCAACCCCAGCGCUGAAGGACUAAUGGAUAGUGUUGCAAACAAGCUCACUGAAUGGACUCACACUCUCCCGGACACUGUCAUCGCACACUUGUUUGGAAAGGAUGAGAUUGAGAACAACCAUGACCUCAUAGCUACUUAUCGUCACCACAUCACAACAACGAUGAACCAGUCCAACGUGACUCAGUUCUUCCGCUCCUAUAACAGCCGCAACGCUCUGGAUGUGGAGAGGCCUAUUCCUGGAGGGAACGUCAAUGUCAGGACCCUCAAGUGCUCCGCUUUGCUGGUUGUAGGAGAUAAUUCUCCAGCUGUGGAGGCCGUGGUCGACUGCAACUCUAAACUCAACCCUACCAAGACCACACUGCUCAAGAUGGCAGACUGUGGAGGACUUCCUCAGGUGGAUCAGCCAGCCAAAGUGAUUGAAGCCUUAAAAUAUUUCAUCCAAGGCAUGGGAUACUUGUCCAGCGCCGGUAUGACCAGACUUCGGUCACGGACGGCCUCCAGCUCCAGCAUCACGUCCACUGAUGGCUCCCGGAGCCGCUCUCACACCAACGAGUUGCAGCGUGACCGAACACACUCUCGCGGCGCUGAGGACAAGCGUGGCCGCUCGCACACUGAUACGUCCAUGGAUAGCAUUUCUCACAGCAAUGUGAACCAGAUCAUCUCAAAGUCCACUGAAGUGACAUGCUAG